AUGUCGAAGAUCUCAUUAUUACACAUUAACGGAAAUCCUUCCUACACAUCAACAAUGUGUUGGUCAUUAUUUAUCUUAAAUAAAUAUAUUGAUAAAUGGUUUUAUUUGUCUUUUAAGAUAACAAAAGCUUCAUUAUCACUGUUCAUUUACAUAAUAAGUAAUACAAUUUUGAACCCAUAUUGUCAUGCAAAUACAAUCAAUUUUUUGAACUUAAAACAAUUCAUAUUCUUAAUCUAUAUAUUCACGAUCAAUUAUUCUCUAAAUUCUUAUUAUUUAAAAUAUAACAUCGAGAAUAACUAA